AUGCUGGCCUCCAUGAGGCCUCAUCUUUGGAUAUCUAUUGAGAAGGUAAGAAGAACCAUCUUGGCAGAACUUCCAAGUUGGAUUAACCCACGGAAGGCGCAAGAUUCACCGGCGCAGCAAGAGCUUCCGACAUCUCACGUCAAACAAGACAAGACGGUUCGUAAGACAAGCGGGCCUGUGCACCAGAAGGUUCUGGAAGACGGAGUCUUUCUGAAUGGAGAGCUGGCUGGAUACUGCCAUCUCAUGGCGAAUGCCAAGGCGCACCUAUUCCUCUUCCACCAUCGUAUCAAUGGAAAGUUUCGGCCAGUUGUGCAUGCAUCCUGGGCCUUUGCUUGGCAUAUGGCUGAGUACUGCAUGGCCCCGUCGUUCUUCUACGACACAGGCAGGAGGUCUUUGGGCUUCAUUGGCUUAAGUGGCCAAAGGCGCAAUCCUCCACCAGUUUACUACGGUUGGUACCAGCUCUUUUUGCACCAUGAUGACGAAGGACAACCCAAUGCAAUCGAGCCAGAAUACGCAUCAGAGCUACCCGCAGAGGUGCGUCACGAUGUUCUGCCUUUCUGCGUGAUGGACGAUGUCCUGCUGGUGGAUCGAGUGCGGGGCCAUGUCAGCACACAAGCCCUGGUCACCCUUGUCAGGCCUGCGCGGAGUAAUGCGGAGUAG